CAGCCAGCAAUCCGCUUACUGAGCGUCCAAAUUAAAAGGGACCUCCGCAUUUCACUUGAUUAUUCUCGACGGUCUUCAGUCAGCGAAUUAUCGAGGAAGUGCAAGACCAUCUCGUGCGCCUUUGUUUAAAGUCCUCGCUUUGCUUGUUUUUAUUCUUUUUCUGUUUUUCCUCCCUGGAAGUAUUCUUUUCUCAACACAGGACGUGCUCCGUAGCUACGCGAAGAGCGACCUCGACUUUAGUAGACAUGUGUAUGAAACGAGGCAGCCAAUUUAAGACCCUCUUCACCGUUUGCUCCUUGCUUCCACCGUGGCCAAAAUGCACGGGCAAGUUGCAAAGGACAGUAACAGCAUCAGUAAGAGGACACUGGACCUAGACAGGGACCUCUUCACACGCUUAUCAACACAGGACACAGAAAGUGAAGUCCAGUCAAUCACUACCGUCUCACCAAUGAAUCUCCCCAACCACCAGCCGGUCUUCAAGAGCCUGCUGCUUCAUGAGCAUCUACUUACAAGGAACUUCCAGGGGGACCAGCAUUUUUUCAGGAAGGACGGCUCUGUGGCUGCAUAUCCCACCAUGCCAGGCUCUGUGUCAGCUCCAAAUGCAGCAGACCUUGUCACUCAACUUGUGCCCCAUGAGGAUGCUCCAGCUUUCUCAGAUAUUGCCUCUACUGCCACUUUGGCUGCAACAUCACCACUGACUACAUUUUCCCCCACAACACCGGUGGUACCCAUGUCUAUCUCUCAAAAUAAAUCAAAGGAGAAGGCCAGGGGGACUGACAAGGUUGAGCCAACAACACACUCCCUUACCACCCAGGUGACACCAAAUAAUAAAGGUUCAGGCAGCGAGAACAGAGGAGUAGCUUCCUCAUCUUCACAGCAACGUCAGCCUCAAAGUUGGGGUGCUUUUCUGGAAGAGGCCACAUCACGGAAGAUGGAAAAGGGGGAAGCUAGUGAACUGGCAAAAAACAAAACCAGCCCUGGUCAUCAGCUCCACAAGCUCACUUUGGCCUCUUCUGAAAAAGAGACCACAACAAUGUCCACAACUGUUACCACAACUACCACCAUCACCACCAUGCAACCAUCAGAGCCGUGUAGUCUGAAUUUCACUGACCCUGAGGGUAACAUUGAAAUCCUACAGCAACUUGACUCUGGAGUGGAGUGCAGCUACUUGAUUACUGUCUACCUGGGAUAUGGCAUCGAGGUUCAGGUGCUAAAUGUGAGUGUGUUGGCGGGAGAGCAGGUGACCGUGGAGGACACAGGAGGUCAACAACCCUUCAUCCUUGCCAAUGAAUCGGUCUUGAUGACCGGCCUAGUACUACGCAGCUGGAGCAACCAGAUCUCUAUCAGUCUUCGUAGUGAGAAACGCCACAAUUCAGGAUAUCUCCUACUCCAUUACCAAGCAUUUGUGCUGAGUUGUGCAUUCCCCAAAGAGCCUGCUGGUGGAGAAGUUUCAGUGACGCACCUGCAUCCUGGCGGAGAAGCUUAUUUCCAUUGUUUCACUGGAUACAAGUUGGAAGGUCCAAAAAUGCUCACCUGUCGCAAUGCGACCACACCUUACUGGAGUGGAAAAGAGCCCCGAUGUGUGGCAUCCUGUGGGGGAAUGAUAAAAAAUGCCACGUAUGGUCGCAUCAUCUCUCCUGGUUUUCCUGGAAACUACAGCAACAAUCUGACCUGCCACUGGGUUCUGGAAGCACCUGAAGGCCACCGGCUUCACGUUCACUUUGAGAAGGUGGCUUUGGCAGAGGAUGAUGACAGGUUGCUAAUAAAAAAUGGCAACAACAUAGACUCUCCCCCUGUGUAUGACUCCUAUGAAGUUGAAUACUUGCCCAAUGAGGGGGUGCUCAGUACUGGACGUUAUCUGUUUGUAGAGUUCACCACAGAUGGGACAAUGACCUCCACCGGCGCAGCCAUAAGAUACGAAGCUUUUGCAAAAGGGAUGUGCUAUGAGCCCUUUGUGAAGUAUGGAAACUUCAGCAGCAGUGACUCCAGCUACAGCAUUGGCACAGUGGUUGAAUUCUCAUGUGAUCCUGGCUACACACUGGAGCAAGGCUCUGUAGUGAUUGAGUGUGUGGAUGCACAAAACCCUCAGUGGAAUGAGACCGAGCCGGCUUGCAGGGCUGUGUGCAGCGGGGAGAUCACAGACUCUGCCGGUGUUGUGUUGUCUCCUAAUUGGCCCGAGGCUUACGACAAGGGGCAGGACUGCAUCUGGGGUAUCCAUGUGGAAGAGGACAAGCGGAUCAUGCUUGACAUCCAAGUUCUCCAUCUGGGUAAGAAUGACCUACUGACCUUCUAUGAUGGUGAUGACCUGACUGCCAACAUCCUGGGCCAAUACAGUGGCACACGACCACAUUUCAAGCUCUACACAUCCAUGGCUGACGUCACUAUUCAGUUUCAGUCAGAUCCUGCCACUAACAUCUACGGGUAUAACAAUGGCUUUGUGGUUCACUUUUUUGAGGUGCCAAGGAAUGACACCUGCUCAGAGCUGCCAGAGAUCACCAAUGGCUGGAAGAGCACGUCCCACCCUGAUCUCAUACACGGCACUGUGGUCACCUACCAGUGCUACCCAGGAUACACACUAGUUGGCUCUGAGAUCCUCAUGUGCCAGUGGGAUCUCACUUGGAGCGGUGAUGUGCCAAGAUGUGAGGAAGUGAUGACAUGCCAGGACCCUGGAAAUGUGGAGCACAGUCGUAAAAUGAUCACAGGCAGUCGCUUUGCUGUUGGAUCGACUGUACAGUUCAUCUGUAACAAAGGCUACAUCCUGUCAGGCUCCAGCCUUCUCACCUGCUACAACCGUGAUUCGGCCGUGCCCAAGUGGAGUGAGAGGCUGCCCAAGUGUGUCCCUGAAAAGUACGAGCCGUGCAGGAACCCGGGUGCAGCUUCCACCAGCAUGCAGAGCUCUGAAAAGGCUUUCUACCAAGCAGGAGAGAUGCUGACUUUCUCUUGUCACCCUGGCUAUGAACUGCAUGGUGAGGCCACCAUAUACUGCAUUCCUGGACAUCCUUCACAGUGGAAUAGCACUCCUCCUGCCUGCAGAGCGUCCUCGACACAUUAUGUAAAUGAACGCAGGCUAGAUGUUGUUAAUACAGAGUAUGGCACGCAAGGAACCAACAUUGCCCUUGCAGUAUUUAUUCCAACUGCAGUCAUCUUGGUGAUUGUCCUUGGGAUUUAUGUCUACUUUGCAAAACUCCAGGGGAAGUCUAUCAGAAUGCCAACGGCCUCACCACCAUAUGACAACAUGACAGAUGAGUCAGCCUUCGACAACCCCAUAUAUGAGAGUGGACACUGGCAGACUCAUUCUAGAUACUAAAUCCUGUCAUUAUGUCCAUAUUGGCUGUACUGCAGAACAACUAUGAGGUGAGGUCUCCUUCUGAUGCUGAGAUCACAUCUUCCCCCAGCAGCCUGACCCUUCAACUAUCUAUUUUUAACUUUAUCUCAGUCCUAGCACUUAUUCACGUUUUGUCUGAAACUACAUUUUUGUAUUUACAGAUUAAGUAUAAAGAGCCACUGGUUGGUGAGACUUUUGAAAGACAUUGUGGGGACGCUCAUGAAAUAUGUAACAUAUUGAAAAUGAAAUGCUAAAUCAUGUCUAUACUUAAAUAACGGAGGACUGAUAGGCUACUUAAAAAAAAAAUCACCUUGAAGACACUUUGUCUAUCACUGCAUUUCAAUGAAGUUCACAAUGUUGUGCUGUUAUUGAACAACAAUUUUAUGUGUGGGUAUAACAUCUAUGUAUGUCAUAUGCAGAGUUCUCAGACUUUUUCAGUAUUGUCUUUUCCAGCACCCCACUGUGUUUAUAAAUGACAUUUGUUUACUUACUAUAAUCAGAAGAAAAGAUAAAAUGACUGAAGAUGACCGUAAACAUUUUAUUUUAUUUUUUGGAAACACUUUCGCAGUGGUAUUUGAAAAUAAAUUGUAAUGGCAGUCCAUAGCUACCCGCAACAACUCAUAGGUUAUUUUUUUUCAUAAUCGUGCAUUGGAGCCUGUAUUUUCUUAUGUCGGUUUGAAUAAAAUAUCCAGGACUGAUCACCAACACUUCAAAAUAAAUCACAGAACAACUCAUUUUCUGCACUGCUCAUUUUGAAUAUGUUGAAUCAGAAAGAUAAAGACUUCUGUUGGAAAAGAGAUUUGUUGUAUUGUAAGGAGGAGCGUAUAGGUUUUGUAUUUAAAAAGCUCAUUUGCACUUCACAAACUGUACCAUCCUCAAUCAUUUACAUUCUUUUUUUUUUUUUUUUUAAGGUGAUUGGUUGUGUGGUAUUUUCAGGACAAAUGAAAGAGGUUAAGAUUUUUCCAUUUAGAGCACUUAAAGCAAGAACUGCUUAAGCUUGUUUGGAUCAUCUCUUCACUGAUGUUUUUUCUUUUCCCCCCUGUUUUGUGUAUUACUGUAAAUAUGUCUUUCUCUCCCCGAUCAAAUCAGUUAAUCUGUGGAACAUCAUGGUGAUAUUUUUCUAAAGUAAAUUGUUGAUGACUGUUGGUGA